GAGGUGGAGCUGAGGGGAUAAAAGGGGCGAGCGGCAGAGCAACUGUCUACAUUGUCAGCACAACAGAACCUGGAGGAGGAUGAGUAGGACUCAACUGUGGCUGCUGGCCUCUCUGGCCUUUGCCUCUGUGACUUCUCUGGUUGACGGUUCUCCAUUGAAGGUGAUGUCCUCCCCCAACUUGUUGCGGGUAGGAACGCCAGAAAACAUCUUUGUAGAGUGUCAAGACUGCACAGGAGGAAACAUUAAGGUCGAUAUCAACGUGAUGAACCAUCCAACCAAGACCAAAAGGCUGGCAACCACAUCUGUGACCCUUAACAGUGAUAAUAAUUUCCAGGAAAUUGGACAAAUAAGGAUCCCGGUAGUAGACUUCAGCAAGGAUCCCACCCUGAAGCAGUAUGUCUACCUGCAAGCUCAGUUCCCCGACCGCUUGCUGGAAAAAGUCGUCUUAGUGUCCUUCCAGUCCGGCUACAUCUUCAUCCAGACUGACAAGACCCUCUACACCCCCAACAGUAAAGUCCAUUACAGGAUGUUUGCAGUGACACCCCGCAUGGAGCCCGUGGAGCGGGAUGACGAAAUUCAAACUGAUGCUUCCAUUGUCAUUGAGAUUGUGACUCCGGAAGGCAUCAUUUUACCUCUCGAUCGAGUCUCUCUGAAAUCAGGGAUCCACUCCGGUGAUUACCAACUCGCUGAAAUUGUCAGUCCUGGACUUUGGAAAGUUGUGGCCAAGUUCCACAGCAACCCACAGCAGAGCUUCUCUGCAGAGUUUGAGGUCAAAGAAUACGUGCUGCCCAGUUUCGAGGUGAUACUAACACCAGUAAGCUCCUUCUUCUAUGUGGACAGUCCUGAGUUCACAGUCAACAUCAGAGCUACGUAUUUGUUUGGUGAAGAGGUGCAUGGCACAGCAUACGUGGUAUUUGGGGUUUUGCAUGACAGGCAAAAGAAGAGCUUUCCCAACUCUCUCCAGAGAGUGAUGAUUGAAAACGGUCAUGGAGUGGUCCAACUGAAGAGACAGCACAUCACACAAACCUUCAGUGAAAUCAAUGACCUGGUGGGGAGUUCGAUAUUUGUAGCUGUCAGUGUGCUGACAGAGAGCGGGAGUGAAAUGGUGGAGGCGGAGUUGAGAGGCAUCCAGAUCGUCACGUCACCUUACACCAUCCACUUCAAGAGAACGCCCAAAUUUUUCAAACCAGGAAUGUCCUUCGAUGUUGCGAUUGAAGUUGUGAAUCCAGAUGAAAGUCCAGCACAGGGUGUUACAGUGGUGGUGAAUCCAGGUGCUGUGCAGGGUUUAACUGCAGCCAAUGGCAUCGCAAAGCUGACCAUCAAUACAGUGGCAAGAGACCCAAGACUGACAAUCACUGCAAAGACCAAUGAUCCUAAUAUUUUACCUACAAGACAAGCAUCAGCCACCAUGGAAGCGCUCCCAUAUAAAACUAAAACCAACAACUACAUCCACAUAGGUGUGGAUACAGCAGAGCUGGAGUUAGGAGACAAUCUGAAAAUCAACCUCAAUCUAAACAGGCAGUCAAAUGAAGACACUGAUAUCACAUACCUGAUCAUGAGCAGGGGUCAGUUGGUCAAACAUGGCCGUUAUAGGACAAGAGGCCAAGUACUGAUUUCCCUGAUAGUUCCCAUCACCAAAGAAAUGCUGCCAUCAUUCCGCAUCAUAGCCUACUACCAUCAAACUGAUACUGAGGUGGUAUCAGACUCUGUCUGGGUGGAUGUCAAGGACUCCUGCAUGGGCUCGCUGAAGCUGGAAUCAUCUAGACCUGCUCCGUCCUACGAGCCUCGCAGGGUGUUUGUUUUGAAGGUCACCGGGGAUCCAGAUGCCACAGUGGGACUGGUGGCGGUUGACCAAGGCGUCUACGUCCUCAAUAACAAGCACCGGCUCACCCAGAAAAAGGUGUGGGACAUUGUGGAGAAAUAUGACACAGGCUGCACACCCGGCGGAGGGAAGGACAGCAUGAGUGUAUUCUUCGAUGCCGGGCUGUUGUUUGAGUCCAGCACUGCUUCUGGGACUCCCUACAGACAAGAAUUGAAAUGUCGAGUCCCCAGCAGGAGGAAAAGAUCCACUACAAUAAUGGACGUCACGACCAGCUUAGUGGGAAUUUAUAAAGAUCAGAUGCAACGUGAGUGUUGCUUGGAUGGUAUGAAAGAAACCACCCUCUUGUACACGUGUGAGCGGCGCAGUGAGUACAUCUUUGACGGUGCAGCCUGUGUCGAGGCCUUCCUGCACUGCUGCAAGGAGAUGGAAUCCAUGCGAGUUGAGAAGAAGGAGGACAGCCUCAAGCUGGCUCGCAGUGAGGAAGAUGACAACAGUUACAUGGACAGCAAUGAAAUUGUUUCUCGCACCAAGUUCCCAGAGAGCUGGCUGUGGUCAGACAUCAAACUGCCUGCUUGCCCUCCACAAACGCCACACUGUGAUUCCACAUCCUUCAUGAAAAAUGUGCCUUUGCAAGACUCAAUCACAACCUGGCAGUUCACUGGCAUUAGUCUGUCAAGAACCCACGGAAUCUGUGUCGGCGAGCCAUUAAAAGUGAUUGUCCGUAAGGAAUUCUUCAUUGAUCUCAGGCUGCCCUACUCUGCUGUCCGCGGAGAGCAGCUGGAAGUUAAGGCAAUACUCCAUAACUACAGCCCUGAUGAUGCCAUUGUGCGUGUGGAUCUGAUGGAGGAGGCGCACGUGUGCAGUGCAGCUUCUAAACAUGCAAGGUAUCGUCAGGAGGUCAGAGUCGGGGCCCAAACUACACGAUCUGUACCCUUUGUCAUUAUUCCCAUGAAGGAAGGACAAUUCCCAAUUGAGGUCAAAGCAGCUGUUAAAGACUCGUCACUCAAUGAUGGAAUCAUGAAGAUCCUGCGGGUGGUGCCUGAAGGCGUACUGGUAAAAUCUCCAAAGGUUAUAACUCUAGAUCCCACUAAUAAAGGUGAAGGUGGUGUACAAGAAGAAAUUAUCAACAGUGGAAUACCAAAGAAAGAUUUGGCUCCAAACACACCUACGAGCACACAGAUCUCUGUGACAGGGAGGGAAAAUGUUGGUGGCCUAGUGGAGAACGCCAUUAGUGGGAAAUCAAUGGGCACACUGAUCUACCAGCCAUCAGGCUGUGGAGAGCAGAACAUGAUCCACAUGACCCUACCUGUCAUCGCAACCACGUAUCUGGACAAAACCAACCAGUGGGAAACCGUGGGCUUUCAGAAACGAAACGAAGCCCUCCAGCACAUCAAAACCGGCUACCAGAACGAGCUUGCCUUCCGAAACAAAGAUGGGUCUUUUGCUGUGUGGACCAACCGCAAGGGUAGCACCUGGCUGACAGCCUAUGUUGCCAAGGUGUUUACCAUGGCCAACACUCUGGUGGCAGUGCAAAGCGAGGUGAUCUGCGACGCGGUGAAGUUUCUGAUCCUUAACGCACAGCAACCCGACGGCGUGUUCAGAGAAGUUGGAAGGGUGUCCCACGGAGAGAUGAUUGGUGAUGUGGGUGGCACAGAUUCAGAAGCCUCCAUGACGGCCUUCUGCCUCAUCGCCAUGCAGGAGUCUCGGACACUAUGCGCUGCCACUGUCAACAGUCUGCCAGGCAGCAUAGACAAAGCAGUGGCCUACCUGGGGAGGCGGUUGCCCAGCCUCACCAACCCAUAUGCUGUGGCCAUGACAUCAUAUGCCUUGGCCAAUGAAGGCAACCUGGACCGAGAGACCCUCUUCAAGUUUGUUUCCCCAGCGUUGUCCCACUGGCCUGUACCUAAAGGACGUAUUUACACACUGGAGGCCACAGCUUAUGCUCUUCUUGCUCUCGUGAAGGCCAAGGCGUUUGAAGAAGCCAGACCUGUUGUGAGAUGGUUCAGCCAACAGCAGAAGGUUGGCGGAGGCUUUGGAUCAACUCAGGCUACCAUAAUAGUGUACCAGGCCGUAGCAGAGUAUUGGGCCAACGCUAAAGAACCAGAGUACGAUCUGAAUGUGGACAUUUUGUUGCCGGGCAGGUCAAAGCCUGACAGGUACAACUUCAACAACAACAACAACUAUGCCACAAGAACAUCUAAAGUCAAUGAUAUAAACCAGAAUGUGAAAGUGACGGCCACAGGAACAGGAGAAGCAACAGUGACAAUGGUGUCGCUGUACUACGCUCUGUCUACGGAGAAGGAGAGCGACUGUCAGAAGUUCAACAUGUCCGUGGAGCUCAUCCCGGAGAAAAUGGAUGACGAAGAGAAGAUAUACAAGCUGAGAAUACAGGUUUUAUAUAAGGACAGGGACCACGAUGCAACCAUGUCGAUCUUGGAUAUUGGCUUGCUAACCGGCUUCACCGUUAACACAAAUGACCUGGACCUAUUGUCCAAAGGACGUGCCCGCACUAUUGCAAAAUAUGAGAUGAACACACUCUUGUCAGAGAGAGGCUCACUGAUCAUCUACCUGGACAAGGUUUCUCACACACGACCAGAGGAGAUCACUUUUAGGAUCCACCAGAAGCUGAAAGUGGGCGUCUUACAGCCGGCGGCUGUGUCUGUCUAUGAGUAUUAUGACCAAACCCAGUGUAUGAAAUUCUACCAUCCACUGAGGAAAGCUGGUCAACUACUGAGGCUCUGUAGAAAUGAGGAAUGCACAUGUGCUGAAGAGAACUGCAGUAUGCAGAAGAAGGAGAAGAUCAGCAAUGAUCAGCGCACGGCCAAAUCCUGUGAGACCACGCCGACCAGCAGAAUAGACUUUGUGUACAAAGUGAGACUGGAGCAAUUUACUGAGGAAUUGUCCACUGACAUUUACACAAUGCGGAUAGAAAAGGUGACCAAAGAAGGAAGUUUCGAUGUGGGUCCUCUGGGUAAAGUACGGCACUUCCUGAGUUAUCCACACUGCAGGGAGUCUUUAGAUCUGGGCGUAGGCAAAACAUACCUCAUCAUGGGCACGUCGAAAGAUAUUCACAGAGAUGACAAAAUCCAGUCGUAUCAGUACGUGCUCGGUGAGAGAACCUGGAUCGAGUACUGGCCCACGAACGCAGAGUGUCAAACUGAUAAAUACGCACCUACAUGUUUGGGCAUGGAGGAGAUGGUCCAGCAGUACCUCCUGUUUGGGUGUCAGCAGUAACUUGAGAAAAUGGUGGCCUUUUCAAGUUGUUUUAUUUUGCAUUACCCUUCUCUGCCAUGAGAUAUAUGGGAAUUUAAAGUUACAACAUGCACUGUGUGAUUAAACUCUGUUGGUCUUCUUCUAA